AUGCAACUCCAGCACAUAUUUUUCGUUGCCCUCGCAGGCCUUGUUGUGGCUUCGCCUACCCCGCAAGCAAAAGCCAAAAAGUCUCUUGACGAGCGCGUCGCUGAAGGCCGGGCGAGAGGCCUGAACUGCAAUGAAGACAGACAACCUAACGUGUUUGUUUGCACAGAUGAUUCUGGCGAGCACUGGCCCGUCCCUGUAGAGUGGGACUGUUUAUUGGGUGGACAGGGCCCCCCCCUUGCGGCAAAACUGUCUGUCAACCCCCGCAUCGUCAACCGGUGUCGCUCGAUUUUCCCCGGACAAAUGCGGGGAUGGUCGGUCGAGUUUCCCCCGAGUGGCAUUGGAGGAAUAGGACACAUACGGGUACAUCAACUCCGCACCCCGCACACAACCAAACAAAGGAACAAACAAAACAUUCACGCCAAGUCACUGCUAGCCAGCCCAGUCAGUUAACCAGCCACCAGCACCUCGCUCAAAAGUCAUCGCCCACUCGCAAUCAUGCCUUCAGAACUACACGGCAUCAAGGCCGCCGACGUCCACGCCAAGAUCCGGCUCUUGAUCGAUGGCAUGGUCAACAUCAAGGACACGACGGGCGAGUUCCUGCUCAGACUCGAAGACGGGCGAGUGAUCGACACCAAGGGCUGGAACGACUGGGAGUGGACGCACGGCAUCGGCCUGUACGGCAUCUGGCAAUACUACCAGCUCACCGGGGACGAGUCGUGUCUCAAGAUCAUCGAGGAUUGGUUCCGCGACCGGUUCGCGGCGGGCGGCACGACGAAGAACAUCAACACCAUGUCGGUGUUCCUGACGCUGGCCUUUGUCUACGAAAAGACGGGCAACGCGACCUACGUGCCCUGGCUGGAGGCGUGGGCAGAGUGGGCGUACCACGACCUGGGCCGCACGCGCUUCGGCGGCAUGCAGCACACGACGUACAACAACAUGAACGACGAGCAGCUGUGGGACGACACGCUGAUGAUGACGGUUGUGCCGCUGGCCAAGAUCGGCCUGGUGCUCGACAGGCCGCACUACGUGGCCGAGGCCAAGCGGCAGUUCCUCGUCCACCUCAAGUACCUGUUCGACACGCGGACGGGCCUUUUCUUCCACGGCUGGACGUUCGAGGACGGCGGGCACAACUUUGCGCGCGCGCUCUGGGCCAGGGGCAACAGCUGGCUGACCAUUGUGAUCCCCGAGUUCAUCGAGCUGCUGGACCUGGAGCGCUCCGACCCGCCGCUCUACCACCACCUGCGCGACUCCCUCCUGGCCCAGUGCGAGGCCCUCGUGCCGCUGCAGCACCCCGAGACCGGCCUGUGGAGGACCCUGCUCGACGUGCCCGAGGCCGAGGGUUCCUAUCCUGAGUCGAGCGCGACCGCGGGCUUUGCGUUUGGGAUGCUCAAGGCGCAGCGCAAAAAGUACAUUGCCGGCACGGCCUUCGAGGCACCUGCCGUGCUGGCCUUGAAGGGCGUGCUGGCCAACAUUGACGAGAGGGGCGAGCUGAUGAACACGUCGUUUGGUACGGCCAUGGGCCAUGAUCUGCAGCACUACAAGGACAUACCGAUUACGAGCAUGCCGUACGGCCAGGCGAUGGCCAUCAUGGCGUUGGUCGAGUUUCUGCGGGUGUUUAUAUAG